AUGCAGUGUGGCGUUGAAACCAUGAACGAUUGCGAGCGAUCCCCCGGCCGCACUGGACUGCGCGUCAACUUCACCGAGAAGGGCGAGGUUAAGGAGCGCCGCGAGAAGUUCCUCACAGCCAAGUACGGUUCGCACCAGAUGAGUCUGAUCCGGAAGCGGCUAGCGGUGGAGAUGUGGCUGUACGACGAGCUGCAGAAACUGUUCGAUCCUCCCACAGAAGCAAUCGACGUGGACAUCGAUGAGAUUCUAGACAUGGACACCGAUGACAUAAGAAGAUCGCAUUUGUUCAGCCUGCUUUCCGCAUGCAAACGACCACCGCAAGACAUAUCGAAAUUCAUUAGCGAUCUUUUGGAUAGGGCCAAAACACUCUGA